AUGGCGAUAAACAACGUCGCCUCCGCCGCCGCCGUCCCUCCGCUCAACACCUACAGAGUCGUCCGCCGCGCAUACUUCAACCGCCUAUUCGCCCCGAUCUACUUCUCCGCCGUCGCCGCCCUCUUCUACAACCACUUCCACAACCUCCUCCGCCACCUCUCCUCCUCCUCCCCCGUCGCCGCCGUCGUCCCAACCCUCCUCCUCAUCCUCGCCGACUUCAUCUUCGCCCUCAUCUGGCUCACCAACCAGUCCUUCCGCUACCGCCCCCUCAUCCGCCGCGAAUUCGUCGAGAACGUCGAGAAAGUGUCCCCGCCGGCGGAUUUCCCGGCGAUGGACGUGUUCAUCUGCACGGCCGACCCGUUCAAGGAGCCGCCAAUCGCGACGGCCAACGCCGCGCUCUCCGUUUUAGCCUACGACUACCCGCCGGAGAAGCUCUCCGUUUACGUGUCAGACGAUGGUGGGUCCCAGUUGACGAUGUUUGCUUUUAUGGAGGCCGCGAAGUUCGCCGCCCACUGGCUCCCGUUUUGUCGGAGGAACGGUGUUUUGGAUCGGCACCCGGAGAUGUUCUUCGGAUCCUGUCGAGCGGACGACCCGGAGACACAGAAAAUUAAGGUGAUGUACGAGAGCAUGAAAACGAGAGCGGAACGAGUGGUGGAAAUUGGGAAAGUACCACAAGAAUACAUAACAGAAGAGUUCCAGCGCGAGGCCUUCAGUAAAUGGACUCCCGAUUCUACCAAGCACGACCAUCCCACCAUCCUCCAGGUUCUGAUGCAAAACAACGACAAAGACACCUCCGGCGCUCCUCUACCCAAUCUAAUCUACCUCGCCAGAGAGAAGAAGAAGGGCGUCCCUCACCAGUUCAAAGCCGGUGCCCAAAAUGCCCUGUUACGAGUGUCGGCGAUGAUCACGAACUCGCCGCUGAUCUUGAUGAUGGACUCCGACUACAUAUCCACCGACCCGAUCACCGUCCGGCGGAUCCUCUGCUACUUCCUGGACCCGGCGAUCCGGCCCACGCUGGCCUACGUCCAGUUCCCGCAGAUCUACAUGGGCCUGAACAAGCAGGACCUGUACGGCAACGAGUGCAAGAAGUGGAUGCAUGCUGGGCCGCACGGAGGCGAUGGGCUCGAUGGGCCGAGCUGCGUCGGUACGGGGGUUUUCUUCGCGAGGCGGUGUUUCUACGGGAGUCCACGCGAGUUGUCGCCUAUUGACUUUGCUGAGAUGAAUCCCGACCGCGUGAUCGAAAAGCCGUUGACUUCCCAGCCUCCUAUGGACUUGAUCAACAAAGUCGGUGGCUGCCACUUCGAGGCCCAGUCCAAAUGCCAAUGGGGCCAGAAGAUUGGGUUCAGGUACGGGUCGUUGAUUGAGGACUACUUGACCAGUUUCCAAAUGCACAUGGAUGGCUGGAAGACGGUGUGGUGCAACCCAGAAAGGCCUGCAUUCAAAGGGGAAACACCUUGUACUCUGGUCAGUCUUCUGGUCCAGAUCAAGAGAUGGGGACUUGGUUUUCUGGAGGUUCUCUACUCCAAAUACUGUCCUUUGUUCAUCGGCAUCAAGAACUUAGGGUUCCUCAUGGGUGGAGCAUACUCGAACUGGGCACUGUGGCCCCUCAGCUCAGUUCCAUUCACCAUCUACGCUUUCCUCCCUGCGUUAGCACUUCUCCACGGAGUCUCCAUCUUCCCAAAGGUUUCAGCAGACCCGUGGUUCCUCCUCUACCCGUUCCUCUUCCUCGCCGCCUACGGCUACGAGAUGUUCGAGUUCUGCUGCCUGGGCUCCAACCCAAUAAAAUGGUGGAACGCCCAGCGGAUGUUCAUGAUCUGGUGCACUUCCUCCUUCAACUUCGCCCACUUCGAGUUCUGGCUCAAGACCAUCUUGGGCCGGACCACGACUUCCUUCGGCCUCACCAGCAAGGUCAACGACGCCGAACACGUCCGCUGCUACGAGCGCGGCGAGUUCGAGUUCGGCGCCGCCAACCCGACCAUCCUCGUCCCGCCGACAAUGGCGGCGGUCGUAUCGCUGGUGGCGUUGGUGCAAGGUGCGGCGGUGGAGGUUGGAGUGAAAGGGAGGGCGUGGGAGGAGAUUGGGGUGCAGUUGUUUUUGUGUGGGUUUGGGGUUGUGAACAGCCUGCCGUUUUACAAAGGGAUGGUGAGAGGGGAUAGUUUGCGGCUGCCGACGUCGACGACGGUUAUGGCGUCGUUGUUUGUGGUUGUGCUCUAUGCGGCGACGUAUUUCGUCUUCAAGAGUUGA